AUAAUACUUUGUAAAGUUAACAUAUUUCUUAACUUUUUAUAUUUAUGUUUGUAUGUUAGAAUGGUAUGGGAAGCAGUAAUAGUAGUCAACCUAGCACUCAGCCUGCAGCUUCAUGGAAUCCACUACCACCACCACAAUCAAGUUCUAUUUGUGGUGACACCAGUGCAAUGGCAAGAGAUACCUACACUCAAAGUCAGACAGCAAGACCAAGCUCCACCUUUCAUACGUAUGCAACUACACAAUCCAGUCAACUGUUGUGUCAAGACCACCUCAAAGAAAGGUGUCAAGUGCUGCUGGUAGAGGUCAAGGUGCUGUUGGUAGAGGUAAAUGUGGUUCUGGUAGGGGUCAAUGUAGUGCUUAUAGAGGAGGUGGUUCUGGUAGUGAUCAAUAUGGUGUUAACAGGGGAGAUGGUUCUGGUAGGGAUCAAUGUGGUGUUGAUAGGGGAGGUGGUUCUGGUCGGGAUCAAUGUGGUGCUGAUAGGGAAGGUAGUUCUGGUAGGGAUCAAUGUGGUGUUGAGAGAGAAGGUGGUUCUGAUAGAAUUCAAGGAGGAAUUGGAAGAGGAUUGGCAAGAAAAAUAGCCAAUGCAAGAGGGACCCCAUUUGAAAAUGGAAGAAAUACUUCUUCUAGUCAAGUACCACCUUUGCCAACCAACAAGAGGCCAUAUAAAGCUACCUCAUUUGUUGCUGCUACUGCAUACAAAAGGCCUGCAACUGGUUUUGUUGUUUACUCUGAUCCAAUAACUG